AUGGAUGAUCAAAGUGUCAAGAACGAUGCAUUAGAACUGCUGGAAUCGUUAGAGCAACAACAUCGGCAUGAUUUAACUCUUCAUCUAUAUUCAAGUUAUCUUCUUAAACAACUGAUACGUAAGGCUCACAAGAAAAAGCGUGCAUUAGAAGCUGAAGUUUUUAUAAAAACUAUGAUUAAGGAUAACUGGACUAGUUGGCCUUCACCAAAUACAGUGAUUGAUCCUCAUAUUGAUAAGGUAUAUGAGGAUGACAAUUUAGAUGAUAAAAGUGUUUAUGGUGCGGAAUUGGAUGGUUCAAAAUUAUAUAGUGUACUUCCUAAAAAAGGAGAGAUAAGUGAUGUUGGACUGGUUCAUGCAAUGGGGAUGAUGAGGCUUGAAAUGAACUCUAUAUGGCAGAGGAACUUAAAAAGAUGUGGAUCCUUCAUACAGAAUAAACGUGGCGAUGGUCAUAUUUCCUUGGAUAUCGAUAAGAUGAACAUACCUUUAAGCGUUUUGAAUAAUAUAUUUAUGAAGUUGGACGUAUUUUUCGAGGGUCUAAACGCUAAUUUUGCCAAGCAAAACAAGUUAGAAUUAUUAACGCAUCCAUCUUCAAGCAGGUUAACGAUGGAAGCUAGUUUGCCCAUAAAUAAACAGGAGACCGAAAGUAGUAACAUUUCUAAUAUAAUUUCCAAUACGACAGACAUGAAUAGGAAAAUAAAAUUAGAUUAUAGGGAUAUUAUAGUUCGUGGAUGUGAAAUGGAAAUAGACAUGUCAAAUAUCUACAUCAAGUGUCUGGAACUAUUUGAAGAGCUGCCAAGUCAUUAUAAUACUAAAAGAUUUAAGAUUCAUAAGAGUGUUUUGCAAAAGUAUAGGCCAAAACAGCAUAUGGAGAAAAUUCAGAAACCGGCUAAAGAAUUCCAAAAAGAUUAUUGGGAAUUAGAUGCAUUAGCUAAGGACAGAAAUAUGAAUGUAGAGAUUAGGCAAGCUUUAAGACUAAUGAAGUUGAAAAAUGAAUUUUCCAAAGAUAAAAAAGCAUUUAUGAUGGUUCAACACCUGGAAAGUAUACAUAGCAAACAAAAGAACGAAAAACGGAUUAACAAUGUGCGAGAUGAUGAUGAUGAUGACGAUGAUGAUGAUGAUGAUGAUGAUGAUGAUGAUGACGAUGACGAUAAUGGGGAUGACGAAUACAAUAGUCGAAUUAAAGUGAGAGGAUUAAAGGACGAUGGAAGCUGUAACCGUGAAUUUGAAGAUGAUUCAUAUUUUCUAGAUGACUGCCUGAUUAGGUAG